AUGAUGAUCUUAGAUACUGUGUCCGAGAAGCUCCGCUCGAAGCAUGUUCGAACGCUGGAACUACUGCAGAAGACUCUCGAUGAGAAUGUCGAGCUGCGUGAGCAAGUGUCGAAGUUGCAAAAGGGCACACUUCACCUUGGUCAGGGAUUGCCACGAUCAAACCUCUCUUCAGAGCUAGAGGACGAAAUCGAACGCCUCAAAGAAGAACACACCCGCAAAUUCAAAGAGGUCGAAGAAGCUGCUAGCGCAAAGCUGGCAGAGCAGACUCUUGCUGUCGAGACACUCACGGCUGCGAACAGCAAACUGAAAAAUGACAUGAUAACGAUGGACGUGGCUUUACGUGAAGCACGUGACCGACUCAAAUAUGAGCGACAGAGUUGGAAUGAGGAACGAUCCCAACUUGCAGCGACUAUUACUGAGGCGACGAAGACUUUGCCACCUGCAAGUCCGACUCGAGCCAAACAGAAACAGCCACAAUCCGAGGCAUUCAUCGAGGAAGAGAAAUCGAACCAAUAUCUUGAAGCCGAGUUGGAGUUAAGUCGUCAGGCUUGUGUUAAUGCUGAUAGUGCACGCCGGUCGGCAGAGACUCAACUUAACGAAGUGAAAAUGGAUUUUGCACGAGUAACAAGUGAAGCUGCGUCCCAACGAGACCAGAUAAGAGCUCUACAAGCACAACUGGCUGCAACUCAAACACAGCAGCAAUCGCUGUCUGAAGAGCUCAAGACUGCGCGUGAUCGCAACAGGAGUCUGGAAACGAAAUCACCGAAAGAACGACCGUCGUCUUCAUCGACGAAGCUACAAUUGCAACAAAAGACGCUACUCGCACAAUUGCAAGAUACAGAGGAACGGUAUGCCAAGCUGGAGAUGGAAAAUCGAACUUUGCAGUCCCAUACUGCUAGGUUACAACAACAAUUGGCCAACGAAGUGGCACAACGCAAGGCAGACGCCUCGGAAGCAGGAAUUUUCGCCAUCCACGUCGAGUUGAAAUGA